GCCUGCUAGAAUCAUCAACCUCAAUGAGGCGAAGGCGGGCUUUGACGGCAUCUAUCAAGAUGCUCCAUGGGACAAGCUCGGUGUAAUGAGUCGUACCUGGAAUCCUACGGUCGGUUGGGGGAGGCUGAGAAUGUGUUGAGGAGUGUGAUUCAAGCAGCGGUGAAUCUUGGUGUGAAUUACGUGGAAGCCACCGUCGCCAAGAUAGCUUUUGAUGCAAGUGGCACAUGUCUUGGGGUCGAAACUACUGCUGGAGAUAUUUUCACUUCAAAACAUACGGUUUUGUGCGCGGGAGCACGCACCGCAGAGCUGAUCGCAGAAAGUGCGCCAGAAAACACAGAGCUUCAAGUCAACGGUAGGAUGACUGCGGCGGCGGCUAUUAUGUGUGCAUUUAGGGUUCCAGAAAAUAAGUUGCAUAAGUUCAAGAAUGCACCCAUUAUCGUCAGUCCAAUGGGAUCCACGCCAGGCGAAAGCAUUCCACCGGGAGAACUUGGCCUCGUAAAAUGCACCCACAAACUUAGUUUCACUCACAAGGUCUACCAUGAGGCUUCGAAGCAAACGAUUUCUGUCCCACCCAAACGAGUAACACAAAGCACGUGGAGUCAAGACGUCCCCGAAGGACUCAAAAAUGAGGUUGAGAUCCUCCGUGGGAAGAUAUAUGGGAGCUGGAUUGAAAGUCUCAAGCCAGAAUACAAUAGAAUGUACUGGUUUGUUAUUCCUUCCAAUUCCCACGCCUUCUCAGAAUCAUGCUGA